CCGGAAUAAUUCUGGUAGUUUGGACAUUGAUUCGACUAAAAGUUUAGAUGAAUGUACUUCCACCCCUGUAGAAUCCCCUGCAAAUCCAAUGAUGGAUAAUGGCAUUAGUGAGCUGACAGAUCACAUUGAAGUGGUCGACCCUGUAGAGGAGGGUUAUUUCUACAACACUGAAGUGGCUGUUGCAGAUAAUGAUUUCAAUAGUUCAAGGGAAGGCUUUCUGCUAACUUCAGUAAUCAAAGUUCCAUCAUGCCUUUAGAAAUUUCUGGUGAACAACCAUUUGGGUCAGAGUAUUCUGAAAAGUUGGAGAGUGAGCAUAGUUUAGUGGGAAAAACAGUUGGAGACAUAAACUUACCCUCCCCAGUUCUUUCCAUGGAAAACCAUUACAGUAGUUCAUUUAACGAUUCCGAGACUGUUGACGCUGAAGAGUACACGUGUGAAUUAGAAGCUUUAGAUGACAGCAAUAACAAUACUGCUGAAGAUGUUCUCUCAUUCUUUGAAGUUUCCACUAUGGAAAACCUAUCUGUUGAGAACCAAGGUGAUUCAGCUCAUUCUGCUGGGAGCAGUUCCAUAAAUGUAGACUCUUUGGCCAACUUGUCUUUGGAGGAAAAGGCUGCAAAUUUUAUUCAGAAUGGAGAUUUAGAUCCAGUUGAAGGUAUCCUUCCACCUGAAGACAAUAAUUCCAUGGCACAUAAAGGGAGCUCAUUGACAUCCCAGCAUGUUGUUCCAUCUGAAACAUCGAAUCAGCUCUUUGGGUUAGUAUAUGGAUGCUCAUUGCCAACUAGGAUUGUGGGAAGUUAA